GUCAUGGUGAGAUGUGAAUAAAAUUCGCGAAAGAGGGAGCUCUUGUCUUUUCUGACAUGAGGGAUAUGGAGAAUCUGUCUCUGCGGGACUUAUGCAGCUUUGAGACUUUUAGCAGGUCCUGGAAACAUUAUGGUUACGGGGGUGAUCAACAAGAGCUGAUCGAUCGGGAAUUUAAAAGAAUCAAAGGUACAACAUACCUCGAUCAUGCGGGGACAACGCUAUUCCCUGAAUCUCAUAUUAAAGCAUUUCAUGAGGAUAUAGCUAGAAAUGUUUAUGGCAAUCCUCACAGUCACAAUCCCAGCAGCAGACUAACACAUGACACAGUUGAAAGUGUCAGAUACAGGAUCCUGGAACAUUUUAACACAACUCCAGACGAAUACUCUGUGAUAUUCACGUCUGGAUGUACCGCAGCACUGAAACUAGUGGCUGACUCCUUCCCCUGGAAAUCUGCAUCGACCGAUGGGCCUGGAAGUCGAUUUUGUUACCUCACCGACAACCACACGUCUGUGGUCGGCAUUCGUGGCGCGGCUGCUGUUCAGGGGGUGGCCGUAGUUCCCGUCCAGCCUCAUGAAGUGGAAGCGAAAGCCACAAUCAAGAAAUCGACAAAUGGAGAACAGGGGAGCUCCACCCCUAAUCUUUUCUGCUAUCCGGCUCAGAGUAACUUCUCCGGCAGGAAAUAUCCCCUGAGAUAUGUGAAAGGAAUUCAAUCUCAACAGCUCUAUCCAGCAUGUGAGCACGGCGGUCGAUGGUUUGUUCUUCUCGAUGCUGCUUGCUUUGUAGGCUGCUCACCUUUGGACCUCAGCAAGCAUCCUGCCGAUUUCGUGCCGAUUUCUUUUUACAAAAUGUUCGGCUUUCCGACUGGACUCGGAGCCUUGCUGGUUAAGAAUGAAACAGCUGAAAUCUUGAGAAAGAGUUACUUUGGUGGAGGAACAGCAGCAGCGUAUCUUGUGGAUGAGAAGUAUUUUGUACCAAGGCCAAAUGUUAGCAGGUUUGAGGACGGCACAAUUGCCUUCCUAGACAUCAUUUCCCUUCAUCACGGGUUUGAGACACUUAAAAAGCUUACAGGAAGCAUGCUCAACGUUCAGCUUCACACGUUUGGUUUGGCACGCUACACCUAUACUGUGCUCUCAUGUCUGCGUCAUAGCAAUGGCAAACCUGUGGCGCAGAUUUACUGUGAUAAUGAGUUUCAGAAUAUCGUUGAACAGGGUGCAAUCCUCAACUUUAGUGUGCUGGACUGCCAUGGACGAACAGUUGGAUAUUCUCAGGUGGACAAAAUGGCCAGUCUUUUCAACAUUCAUAUUCGCACAGGCUGUUUCUGCAACACAGGCGCAUGUCAACAUUAUCUGGUUAUCAGCAACCAAGAUGUAAAGACUAACUUACAGGCUGGUCAUGUGUGUGGAGACAACGUCGAUGUAGUUGAGGGACGUCCCACAGGGUCCAUCCGUGUGUCAUUUGGAUACAUGUCCAGUUUUGAGGAUUGUCAGAACUUUCUUCGGUUUCUUGUGAACUGUUUUGUGGACAAGCCAUUUACACUAGAUCAAGAGAGACUGGGGAGACUGAUGACAUCAGCGCCAGUAGAUAUAACAGAAUCAUCCCAAUCAUUUCACCCAACGCCAAUAACAAAUGGGCAAGCAGGACAUGAGAAUGGCCAAGUUAUCGGCCAUUCUGUAAUAGAAGUGCCAUCUGAAGAGGAUGUGUCCAAAGAAAGAAAGAAGAAUGGCAGUACCCAUAAGCUAACAAAUCUCUUCAUCUAUCCUGUCAAAUCAUGUGCCUCAUUUGAGGUGGCAGAAUGGCCACUGGGACCGCAGGGUUUACUGUAUGACCGUUUUUGGAUGGUUGUGAAUGAGAACGGAGUGUGUCUGAGCCAGAAACGAGAGCCGAAACUGUGUCUCAUCCAACCUGUCAUCUGUCUGGCUUCUAAUACACUACAGCUGAAGGUCUCAGGACGUAUUUCCUACUUAGGAUUGGAACCAGUUGCUAUUCCCUUAGAGCCCAGUGUAAUGAAUUCAGGGUUAAGAACAUCCCACAGCAAAGUUUGUGGUGACAGUGUACAGACGAUGGAUUGUGGUCCGAAAGUUUCAGCGUGGCUUUCAGAGUUUCUUGGCAAACCUUGUAGCCUUAUAAGACAGAGUCCUCACUUCUUGCGUGAAAUAAAAAAUGGCACUCAAAAAGCAGGGGACUGUUACCUCACCGCUCUCUCUCUGGUGAACGAGGCUCAGUUUCUGCUCAUUAAUAGAGCUAGUGUGUCUAUUCUACAGCAACACAUUGACAACCGACAGGAGAGUGAGAAUGAAGACACAUGUUUGGAUAUUGAGUGUCUUGUUCAGCGUUUCCGGGCAAAUCUUGUUAUCUCAGGACAGGAGCCUUUUGUAGAGGAGAGUUGGUCCCAUCUAACAAUAGGAGCCUCACAGUUUCAGGUAAUAGGAAGAUGUGGUCGUUGCCAGAUGAUCGGAGUUGACCAGAAAUCAGCAGCUAGGACCCAGGAACCCCUCAGGUCUCUUUCUGAAUGCAGAAGUGGAAAGGUGACGUUUGGUGUUUACUUGACUGACCGGUCAGCGAGGAACUCUACUGCUGUCCCCGUUUUAUCUGUAGGGGCUCAUGUUAUUCCACAGAUAUCAGGAUCUGCGGAAAAUCUUUAGAACUAUUUAGUUGAAUGUAUAUGCUAACAUCAACGUUUUAUUUAAUUUGAAAAUAAUUUGUCAUAUAUUUGAAAAUAUUUGAACACAUUUACCUGAUCUCUGUUUGUGUAUUUGAAAUAAAAAUAAAUACGAUUUUAUAAUGGUA